GCACAGUGAUUAUUUACAAAUUGCUUGCACUGAUCCAAGAACAACUCAGCAAAACUAUUUUAUCUGUGGAAAUAUGAAUAUCUUUGACAAGCGCGGUAAUUCUGUUAAGUGUGAAGUAUUGAGAUGAGAGAUGUGAUGUAAACACAGUGAAAUUGUGGUAAACGUGCUUCUUAGAGAGAAUACCAGCAAUGAUCAAGAAAAAGAGGCCUGUUGAAGAUAAUGGAUUUGCCAGUUGGGGCGGAUAUAUGGAAGCAAAAAAGUCGAAGCUUCUUGAGCAGUUCAAGGAUGAAUCGAAGAAGUUAAAAGGGACAACAAGCGAUAUAUUCAGAGGUGUUUCCAUAUACGUUAAUGGCUAUACAAAACCAUCAGCUGAUGAACUGAAGAGAAUCAUGGCCAUGUAUGGCGGAGAGUAUCACCAGUAUGAAUCCCAUCGAACAACACACAUAAUUGCCUCAAAUCUACCUGAUUGUAAGAUAAAAAAACUGAAGGUUUUGAAUGUUGUCAAGCCAGAGUGGAUAACGGACAGCAUAAAAGCUAAAAAACUACUUGAUUAUCGGAUGUACUUACUCUACUCUAAACAAUCAAAGACACAGCCUGCACUGAAUUUCCUGCCUAAGCAACAUUCAAGUGAAAGUAAUUCUCUGUGUAAGAAUUCUGUGGAUGAAAAUUUGGCAGAUGACACCACUAGAGGUAAUUACGAAAAAAAUAAAAUAAAUAAAGAUGACUUAAACCCAAAUAGAAGCAAUUUUCUAACAGAAACACACACUAAUGGAAAUAACUGUAAUGAAAGUGAAUUAACUGGUGAGUCAGCCACUUCUGUUCAUUAUGCUACUACAAAUGACUUACCUGUACUUAAUAAUCCAAUACCAGCAAGAGGAAAGGACAUUUGCCUGCAAACAAAAGAGAAAGGAGAAUUGAGUUUACCAGAUAAUAGAAGAAUAACCCGUACAGCAGUGGAUUCUGAGUUCUUAUCAGAGUUUUAUAAUAAUUCUCGCUUACACCAUAUCUCUACAAUGGGUGCACUAUUUAAACAGUACAUUUGUAAAUUGCGGGAAGAGUCAAACAAAUCAUAUCCUGGAAGAAUGAAACUGAAGAAUUUAAAAAAGAAUGGAUUAAAAUUUCCAGCAGAGUGUAGUUCACCUGUAAAUGAAACAUUAUUUGACAACAUGAAUGAUGAUGAACUGUUAGCUGAAGAAGGUUCCUUGGCAGAUGAAAAUAUGAAAUACAAGAAAAUUAUUAUGCACAUUGAUAUGGACUGUUUUUUUGUUUCUGUUGGCCUCAGAAAUAGACCUGAGCUGAGGACACACCCAGUCGCUGUAACACAUGCUAAAGGAAAUCCUAGAAAUGGGCCACAAAAUAAUUCUAGCAGAAAGGUUGAAUUUGCAUAUUAUAAAGAACGAAAGGAACAGAAAUUUAAACAAUCUAAAAAUAGUAAUGAAGUUAAUAAUAAUCCAGUUGUAGAAAAAGAAACUGAUGCUGCUGAUUCUGAUGAUAAUAUGUGGUAUGAUAAUAUUGGAGACGGAGACUCCAUGUCUGAAAUAGCCUCAUGCAAUUACGAAGCACGAAAGGCAGGUGUAUGUAAUGGAAUGUUCCUUGGGAGUGCUCUUAAAGUGUGUCCAAAUUUAAAAACUAUUCCAUAUGAUUUUGAAGGUUACAAGGAAGUCUCAUACACACUUUACAAUACUGUAGCAAGUUACACACUAAAUAUUGAAGCCGUGAGCUGUGAUGAGAUGUAUGUAGACUGUACAGAUAUAAUAAAUGAGAUGAAUAUAACACCAUUGGAAUUUGCAGAUGUUUUGCGAAGAGAGAUAAAGGAAAAGACUGGGUGCCCAGCAUCAGCAGGAUUUGGUCCUAAUCCAUUGAUGGCUCGCCUUGCAACAAAGAAAGCAAAGCCUGAUGGACAGUAUUUUAUUGAGCCAUCUCGUGUUUUGGAAUUUGUUCAAGAUAUUAAAGUUGAUGACCUACCAGGUGUGGGAUACACCCUUUCACACAGACUCCGUGCAAUGGGAAUCAGAACGUGUGGUGAUCUCCAGACACAGUCUUUAGCAAAUUUGAAGUCAGAAUUUGGUGUUAAAACAGGAGAAACACUUUAUAACCAUUGCAGAGGUAUUGACAACAGGGGGUUGGAUACUGAACAUAAACGCAAAUCAGUUUCGGCAGAAGUCAACUAUGGCAUUCGAUUUACAAAACUAGAAGAGGCAGAAAAAUUUCUGAAGCAGUUGUCCAGUGAAGUAGCUAUACGGCUUCAGAGCACUGGGAUGAAGGGAAGAUGUGUCACACUUAAACUAUUGAUUCGAGCUAAUGAAGCUCCUGUUGAAACAGCGAAGUUCAUGGGACACGGUGUUUGUGACCAUGUAACAAGAUCAUCUACAGUACCAAUUCCUGUAGAUGGCGGUGAUGCAAUUGCCAAGGAGGUAUUAAACAUCUUCAGACAAAUUCAAGCGAAACCAAAUGAUCUCAGAGGUGUCGGCAUACAAAUAUCUCGACUGCAGAAAAGCUUGGGAUCUAAAUCUGUUGAGAUUUCUAAAUUUUUAGCACCAAAAUCAACAAGUAAAAAUUCUAUUAAUGAUUGCAGGAAACAAAUUUCUAUCAAUGACAGUAAACCAAACAAGAAUGUGUCAGUUGUAGGAAGUCCUAAUCUUAAUGAAGAAAACAAGAUGCAGGAAAAUCUCAAAGACUGUGUGGGUAAAAGAGCAGUGACCGAUGUGCCUGGUGGUAAAAUUGACACAUACUUUAAAGAAAAAAGUAAAGGAAGCAUUAUCAGAAGCAGUCCUGAAAUUUGCAGCAGUCCCUCAUCAAUAUUGUCCGGUGUCGACAAGAACGUUCUUGCAGAGCUACCAGAAGAUAUUCAACAAGAAAUUUUGAUGUAUUCAAGGCAUGUAACUGAUGCAAAAACAAAAGAUAAGCAUCUUGUUUCUCCGAAACGUUCUGCAGAAGGAAAGCUAAAGGAUUUAUCUGUGAAUGAAGAGGUGUAUCAGGUCGAUCCAAGUUUUCUGUCCGCUCUUCCUGAUGAUGUUCGCAUGGAGAUAGAGGAAGAUUUAAAGUAUCAGAAGUGUCGGCAGCAGAAAAUAGAUCUUGUUAUCCAUCCAGUUAAGGGAAAUAAUGAUUCUGGAAAGUCAACAGACAGAGUGCUUCCAGCUCCUGAUUCCAUUGCGCAUGUUGAGGGGGGUUUCGAUGAUGAAAAUCAGAAUACACAUAAUGUAUUACCGAAGUCAGAGAUGGCACAGAAAACAUCCUUAGAGAAAGAAGCAGAAUCAGAUGAAGAAAAACAGCAGAUUUCACAUGAAACCAAAUGGGAUAUUUUUGAUGUUACUUUAAAUGUAAAUGAGCUGAGAACAUUGAUACGUGAAUGGGUAGCCACGGAGAGAGAGCCAAAGAGUAUUGAUAUCAGAUUGUUCACAGAUCUUCUUUGCCAAAUGGUCAAGGAGAAAAAUAUAGAAACUGUGGAUUUGUUGUUCAGAUGUUUGUACAGGUGCUUAUCCAGGAAAAAAAAUUGCAUGUGGCAAAAUGCCUAUCUUGGUAUUCUAAAAGGCGUGCAGAAAGUAAUAAUAGAAAUAUACAAAGUGAAACUGAAAUUACCAAAGGAUUUUGUGUGUGAAGAUGGAUGCACAAACAAAAGUAAUAACCUGUCUUAAUGCCAGUGCGAAGGGGUGGGGGGUAGGAGGAGGUGGAUCCAUCCAAUAUGUGUCAAUGUCCUAGUCUGAAUGCUUAUUUUUACCCUCUGUUUUAAAUAAAGAUAAUCUCUUUUAAAUAGAA